UAUUUCAUUUUUCGUCAAUCAUGCUUUAAAUCGUUAAAGAUUACCUAAAUCCCUCGAAUAAAUUAAUACAAGAAGAGAAACAUUUAAAAAAGAAAAAUAUAAUAAUUUCUAUUUUUAAUUCCCCAUAUUUUCUAUCUUUCGUCAGCAUCUUCAUCCUCCUUCCAUUGCAGACGAAAAAGCUUUAGCCUUUAGGUUUUGAUAAUUAAAAAAUAUAAGAGGACAAAUAUUUUAUUUAAUAUAAUUGACUGGGUUGGGGCGAUGGAAGGAGCGAGCAAUGGGGGCAUGUUGUACCACGAGGUACAAGAGUCGAAGCUAUGCGCUGUCCAUUGCGUCAACACGGUGUUACAAGGACCUUUCUUCUCCGAAUUGGAUUUCGCGGCGUUAGCCUCAGAUCUUGACACCAAGGAGCGCCAAAUGAUGCUCGAAGGCACUGCUGCCGCCGCCUCCGCUGGCGAUUUCCUCUCCGAGGAAUCCCACAAUGUCUCCCUUGGCGGCGAUUUUAGUAUCCAGGUUUUGCAAAAGGCUUUAGAAGUCUGGGACUUGCAAGUUAUUCCCCUUGACUGCCCAAUUGCUGAGCCAGCCCAAAUUGACCCUGAGUUGGAAAAUGCAUUCAUUUGUCAUCUGCAUGACCAUUGGUUUUGUAUCAGGAAAGUAAAUGGAGAAUGGUAUAAUUUCGACAGUCUUUAUGCAGCCCCACAGCACUUCUCAAAGUUUUAUCUCUCAGCCUAUCUGGACUCAUUAAAAGGAUCUGGCUGGAGCAUUUUCCUGGUGAGGGGAAACUUUCCAAAAGAGUGCUCCAUUUCUUCCUCUGAAGCUUCUAAUGGUUAUGGGCAGUGGCUGUCCCCUGAGGAUGCUGAGAGGAUAACUAAAUCAUGCAACUUAACUGGGGCUCCUCCUCAAAGAAACAAUUUGGCUCAACAGCAACCUGAGCGAUUGCUCUCAUUGGAUGAGAAUGAUAUACAAAUGCUUUCAGAUAUGGAAGAUGAGGACUUAAAGGCCGCAAUCGCUGCCAGUCUUAUGGAUUCUUCCCCAGCCACAGCCAGUGCUGAAGCUAGCACUCCUAAAACUGAAAAUAAAGAUAGCCGGGAAAAAACUGCAUAAGAAGAAAUAUUCUUUUUGAUAUAUAUUUACUGGGCAAGUGAUAAUGAAUCAUGUCAGGCUUUAGAUGGUUUGAAGGUUGAAAAAAUAUCUUCGGCGCGAGGUUGUAGCAUUUUGCAGUAUAUACAUUCAUUACACAUUUUCAAGUCAAACCUUAACAUUGUAAAAGGCACUUUUCUUUGAAAUACAUCUCGUAGUAUGCUGAUAGUCCAUAGAUGGUCUCUGCUUCAGGGUUUCAGCCAUAGUUGUUAGUUCUUUUGGGGCAUAUUACAUGGUUUUCUGUCUCUAUAUUCUAAGUGUGCCUUGCCAGCACAUAACAUAACAGGCAGAAAUAACUCUUGGAGAACAUUUUUAACACAACGGAUAAAGCUAGAUAUAAAAAAAACUUAAAAUCGGUUCUGUUUUAAAACUCUUAGGGCGUUUUCAGACGAAAGCCAAAACCGAGGUCAGGAAGUUUCUCUUUUCUGUUAUUGCUAAUGACCUUCGUUUUCUUCGUAAGU